AUGAAAUUAGAUGAAGAAAAGAAGAGCGAAAGGAGGGAGAAGAAGAAAGCGACCGUCCGGUUUUGUUUUUCAAUGAUUGACGGGAGAGGGGAGGGUCCGUACCGCACAUUGAGGGGCCGUGUUAAUAGUGUAGGGUUUCAGCCAGAUGAACGCCUAAUACCAUACUUAGAGUUAGUCGGGUUCGGAUCAGCGGCAUUGAUUCGGACUUUUGAUCUGCGAUACGACUUGAUUUUCGCUUUAGUCGAGCGAUGGCGUCCGGAGACCCACACAUUUCAUUUGACGUGCGGAGAGUGUACCGUCACUCUAGAGGAUGUUGUAAUACAGCUCGGGCUUCCCAUAGACGGGAAUACGGUCACGGGCGCUGUUCGAGCUUACAUUAUGCACCUUAUAAGGGGUGUACUCAUGCCGGAUGCAAACGGCAGUAAGGUCCACUUGAUGUACUUACCCUUAUUAUCCAAUUUGCAUAACACUCGUUCAUACAGUUGGGGGUCCGCAGUUUUAGCGAUGCUGUAUCGUGAACUUUGUCGGACAAUAGAUCCUUCUGCGGUUGACAUAGGCAGAUGCCUCAUACUGCUGCAGUCGUGGGCACUUUACCGGAUGCCAUUCUUGGCAUCUAUUAGUCAUCAAUCAUAUGUAUUUCCACUCGUUAAUAGGUGGAGUACUAAUCCGGGUAUCGGGAGGUCAUCGACGGUUCCGAUAUAUCGUCUAAUGAUUGAGAAUCAUGCUAGAGAGGGGUUCAUUUGGAUGCCGUAUUAUGCUUCGGAAAUUAUGGCAGUUAUGCCAUCAUCUGCCCACGUCCACUCAAACCUAUGGUGCAUUAGCGCACCCAUUAUCAAUUUUAACGUAGUGGAGUGGUAUCAUGGCAAUCGAGUACUCCGGCAGUUCGGUUGCAUACAGUAUAUCCCGACACUGCCAGUACAAUUGGGAGAGAUCCAUGGGAUGAGCAAGAGGGGGAGGUAUGGAGAUAAUUGGGGAUAA